GUAGACAUAAUCGCCAUCCACGGACUCGGUGGCCACCCCUUCACGACUUGGACUGCCAACACACACGAGUCUGACAGAAAAGGGGAGAAACCAACACGGCUUUGGUUGCGCGACUUCCUACCAAAGGACCUUCCUUCGGCGAGGAUUAUUACAUACGAGUACAGCUCAUCGCCGUUUUCUUCUCAUCAAGACCUGGGCAUCUCCGAGGCCGCAGAAAAGCUGCUAGUCGCGCUUGAAAGCCUGAGG